UUCAAUUUUGAAUGCGAACGCAUGCGGUUGUCGGCUGAAUGUGCUCUGCUCCCACGGUUACGGACUAUGCAGCAGGAUAAUUAAGCGUGACGCGUGUGCGUAACAUAAAAAUAAACAUUAAGCGGCAGUUUGGCCGCCACUGUGCCAAGUGAAAUGAACUGAAGCUGAGCUGUGGAAAAUUGAAAACGAAACGGGCGGAAACAGAAAAAUUCCUGCCUCACAAAUUAUAAAGAGCAGGCCCGCACACCGGUUUUUUUUUAUAUUUUUGUUCUUUUUUUGCGAACCACAAAAGAGAAUUAAACGAAAAACAAAAAAAGAAAGAAAAAGGCGAACGCAAAAUCAAAGAAAUUCUUUAAGUCGCGCCAUGAUGAAGUCACAGAUAAACGUGAGACGGCUGUUCCUGGGCUGCGCUCUGAUCUUGUGCGCUUGCAGCUGUCUGCGCGCUUCGCCAGCGCCACCAACGGAUGUCAGCAUUACGCAGGGCCCCAAAGGACGGCUGACCGUUAAGGAGCAGAGCGUGCUCCAAAUCCCCUGCGUCUAUCAGCUGCCGGAUUUGCUCAGGCAGAGCAACAGCGUCACGUUGCGCUGGCGCAAAGAUGGCAAAACGUUGCGCCUGGCGGAGCUGGGCCAGGCGAGCAGCACCACCAGCGAGCCGCAGCUGGAGACAUUGCUGAGGGAGGAUGCGCGUCUCACGCUCAACAAGGAGACCGGCACGCUGCACUUUGCCAGCGUUUUGGCCAGCGAUGCGGGCGUCUAUCAAUGCCAAUUGCUUGUGGAGGGCCAAUCGGCGAUCAGCUCGGGCAGCGGUACACUGGAGGUGAUCGAGCAAUUGAAAUUCAUGCCGCAGCCGACUUCAAAAAAUCUGGAACUGGGCAGCGUUAGCAAGGUGCAUUGCAAGGCUCAGGGCACGCCGGUGCCCCAAGUUAAAUGGAUGCGGGAAACACAAUUGCCACUGCCGGCAAAUGUGACGGACCACAAUGGCACGCUGAUAUUUCGAGGCGUUACCAAUGAGCAGCGGGGUCAAUAUACCUGCUUUGCAGCGAAUAGCCAGGGUCAGAUAAGUGCCACAGUGUCCAUCAAUGUGGUGGUGGCGCCCAAGUUCAGUGUGCCGCCCGUGGGGCCCGUUGAGGUGAGCGAAGCGGAUGUCGCCGUCAUGCACUGUCAGGCUACGGGUGAGCCAAAGCCAACGAUACAAUGGGACAAGGAUUUGGCCUAUCUGAACGAGAACAACACAGAUCCGGCACGGUUUCGUCUGCUGGAGAACGGCACGCUGGAGAUACACAAUGUGCAGGCGGAGGAUGAGGGACGAUAUGGUUGCACCAUUGGCAGCAGUGCGGGCUUCAAGCGGGAGGAGGUGCUACUGGUGGUCAGGAGCAAUAAAUCUGCCUCGAACUCAAUUGUGACACGCAUUAUAAUUGUGAUCAUUUGCCUGGCAUUUCUCUACUUUGUGCUCGUACUGGGCCUGAAACUGUGGUAUCGCUAUCGUCGCCACAUGGGCAAGGUGCAGCUGGAUGAUGCAGCGCAUGCAGCCGCCGAUGCCGAUGCCGAUGGUCAUGAGCAUGCCGAGCAUGAGCCCUGCCUGACCGAGGCGAACUCCAGCAAGAACCUGAAGAGCAAACUGCGCGAGAGCACCAUACUGGAGCAGGAGUCACAGGUGGCCGAUGAUAUUGUUUAGGACAUGGCAGUGGAAUGUUUGGCUCUCCAGUUGCCACUUUCAAUGAUCUCUUAUGGCUGGUCGCUGGCCACUCCACAUAUGUUAAUCCCAUUUGUUUGUUGAACGUGUGAAGCCCUUACCUAAAACUUUUUGUAUUUAUAUU